AUGACCAUCACAUCGAUUCUCGUUCUGGCACUGGCCGUCAGCUGGGGAGCUGAUGCUACUGCAGGACAUCGCGAUAACGCUGUAAUUUUGCGACGAGAUUGUCCGGACUACACCUCAUACUCCGCGGCUAAGCAUCCCCCCUACAGUGACGGUUCUCUGAACCUCCCCUUCCAACGACCGGCCCAAGAAUGUCGCACUUUCAUCUCGCCAGCAGUCGAGCAAGUUAUAGAAGACAUUACCUCGAACAUAGUGGAUAAUGAUCUGGCUCAGCUGUUUCGAAAUGCUUUCCCGAACACCCUCGAUACAACUGUGAGGUGGCACGCAAACAGCAAUAACUCAACGACAGACCCAUCACUAUCAACAAAGCAUAAGAGGGAGGAUUCACAGUGGCAAGGUCCCCAAACAUUUGUCGUAACUGGAGAUAUCAACGCGGAAUGGCUGCGCGAUUCUACGAACCAGUUAUCGGGUUAUCAAGCCCUGGCUAAGCAAGACCCGAAUCUGCAGUCGCUUAUUUUGGGUGCCAUUAACACGCAGGCUGAGUUUGUUAUUCAGUCUCCCUAUUGCAAUGCUUUCCAACCACCUCCACCUAGUGGAUUGAGCCCUGUAACAAGCUCGCAAAAAGACACAGUCCAUCCAGAAUACGAUCCCUCGGUGGUCUUUGAAUGCAAGUACGAGCUUGACUCUCUGGCUAGCUUCCUGGCGCUGGGCACAGAGUUUUACGAAAACACAGGAUCUACUGAAUUCCUGACAAGUCGCUGGUACAAGGCCCUUGACACACUCUUAUCGGUUCUGGAUGCACAAUCACAGCCAACUUUCAACGGGCAGAACCAGCAUGUUGCCAACCAAUACACGUUCCAGCGUCAGACCAACACAGGCACAGAAACUCUCAACCUGGAUGGAGUAGGAAACCCAUUGAAUGGUGAAACUGGCUUGAUUCGAAGCGCCUUCCGGCCUAGUGAUGACGCAACUAUCUUCGGUUUCUUCAUUCCCCCAAACGCGAUGAUGGCCGUUCAACUGCAGAAGACAGCCACAGCGAUCCAGGCAGCAGGAGGACAUGCAGAUCUAGUCUCGAAGCUCCAGCAACGAGGACAGAAGCUACAACAAGCAGUAUGGGAGCAUGGUGUCGUGCAUCAUGCUAAAUAUGGCCGUGUUUUCGCGUUUGAGGUGGAUGGGUACGGGUCCCAGCUUCUAAUGGACGAUGCCAACAUCCCUUCAUUGCUCUCGCUGCCUCUGUUGGAUUUUGUCGACAAGAAUGACACCAUUUAUACCAAUACUCGUAAGAUGGUAUUAGAGAAGGGCGGUAACCCAUACUACUUGGUUGGUUCUGCGUUCAAGGGUAUUGGUGGUCCUCACAUUGGCCUCGAAAAUGCCUGGCCCAUGUCCCUGCUUGUCCAAGCAAUGACCUCCGACUCUGACUCGGAAAUCAGAGAAUGCAUCAACCUUGUCCGCAACUCGAGUCUUCUCGGGCUCGUGCACGAGUCUAUCAACGUGAAUGAUAUCAACAAAUACACCAGAUCAUGGUUUGCAUGGGCAAAUUCGGUAUUCGCGCAAACGAUUCUCAAAAUCGCGGCAGAGAAGCCGUAUAUAAUCUUUGGGGAUGGGGCCGAGCCUUACAUCCUCUGA